GCUGGGAUACGAAAUACAGACAAUGUGAGAGUGGCUGACAUCACAGAUCGGGAACUCCAUCGUCAAGCAAGGACAAUCCUGGUUGAAAUGGGACACUUUUUCCAAGUACAAGAUGAUUAUCUAGACUGCUUUGGUGAUCCAUCAGUCACAGGCAAGGUUGGAACAGACAUAGCAGAGGGCAAGUGUACCUGGCUGUCUGUUGUAGCACUUCAAAGAGCAACACCAGCACAGCGGGCUUUAAUGGAGCAGCAUUAUGGCAAUCCAGAAAGAGAGUGUGAAUAAAUUAGGGCACUUUACAAGGAACUGGGUUUACCUGCUACAUAUCGUGCAUACGAAGAUUCCACUUCUUCCAUGAUUCGAGUCCACAUUCAGCAGAUUUCACGUGGCCUCAAUCAUAACGUAUUUUUCAAGUUCUUAGAUAAAAUCCAUAAGCGCUCAAGCUAGAGGUGUCAAGUACACCUCAUAAAUCUCCUUUAGUAUAUAUUCUCAUAUAAUCAUCACUUUUGUUGAGACACCAAACAUUAAUUUGAUCUUGAUAUCAAAUUAUUUUAUGUGUUUGGAUCAAAGAAAAUCUGUAUGUAGGGAUUUUAAUGCAUUAUUUGAGGAAACGGCAUAAGUGUUGUACUACACUAAGGAUAUAAUUCAAAGAGCUGUUUGGCUUUAUCUUUUGCUAUGAUGAUGGCAUCAUUGUAAUAUAAAUGAAUGUUUUUUUCUGUUCAUACAAUAUGUAUAUAUAUUGUAUUAAGUGUGCAGUGAAAUUAGAAAAGUUUGUUAAUUUUUUUCUCAAUAUUGUCAUCAACGCUUUGUUAUUCUUGAGACGAAAACUGCCACCAUGCUUACUACAAGAUCAGUUCUGCAAAAGGGCCAAUAAACUGUACAUCAUAAAAUU